AUGGCUCCACCAGUUACAGACUUCGCUGUCAAGGAGAAAUACAUGUAUCUCGAAGGGCUUGGAAACUAUCACUCCUCAGAAGCCUUUCCAGGAGCCAAUCCUCUGGUCAACAAUACCCCCCAGAAGCCGCCGUACGGCCUUCGAACCGAGAGAAUCAGUGGCACAUCAUUCACUGCACCACGGCAUCGCAAUCUUCAAACUUGGCUGUAUCGUACAGCCUCGUCGCUCGACCAUGACGGUUUCACGCCAUAUACCUCUCAACCUAGCCCCUCGCGACCCACAUUCAUCUCUCCUGACUCAUACAUGUGGCCAGCCUUACCUGACCUUGACCCCGCCACCGAUUGGCUGUCCCAAAGGCUACUCGCCGGCAACGGCGAUCCCCUUAACAAGACCGGUGUCGCAAUAUGGGUCUUUGCCAUCAAUCAAUCCAUGCCGCCCAACACAGCCUUUUCUUCUCUCGAUGGCGAACUUCUUAUCAUCCCCCAGUCCGGCUCACUCGAUAUUCAGACUGAAUUAGGCAAGCUCCUGGUACGUCAGAAUGAGAUCUGCGUUAUCCCUCGUGGUAUCCGACAUCGAGUAUCGCUGGUUCCAGAUUCACCCACCUGCCGUGGCUACAUCUGCGAACUCUAUCAAGGGCAUUUUCAACUGCCCGACCUUGGAGCCAUUGGUUCAACAGGUCUCGCCAAUGUCCGCGACUUCCAGAUCCCCACCGCCCACUACGAUGGCCAGUUGAUCGACUCAAUCCCGACUCCCACUCCCCUUGAUCCCAAAGACGCCGAUAAGAACUACACCAUUAUCAGUCGCCAGGCCAUGCGUCUCUGGGCCACCACUCAGUCUCAUACCGCUUUCGAUGUUGCCGCGUGGCAUGGCACCUGUUAUCCCUACAAGUUCGACCUCGGUCGGUUUUGCGUCAUGGGCAAUGCGUUGUUCGAUGAACAUGAUCCCAGCCUGUACGCAGUCUUGAGUGCUCCAGCAAACCGCGACACUGGUUCCGCGGCAGUCGAAUUCCUCGUCAUCCCACCUCGCUGGCAGGUGGCGGAAGAUACCUUUUGGCUCCCCUACUUCCAUCGUAACACCAUGAAUGAAUUUUAUGGGCCCAUUAUCACUGCUCAGGACCGGGAACACGGAUUGAAUGGUGGGCAACACGAUACAGCACGGCAGUUCCGCCCUUUCAUGGCCGGCCUGAAUGGGUCGAUGGUCACACAUGGUGCCACCGAACCCGAUUUCAAGCACGCUAGUGAAAGAUCCCUAACUCCAGAGAAACUUAUGGCCGACGGCCUUAGCGUGUUCGUUCUCGAGACGGAGUUGCCGUUGUUGCUUAGUGAAUGGGCUGCCAAAGCCGCCAUCAUGAACGGGGGCAGAAAGAAGGCAGAAGCCAAGAUUUGAGCAGGGGAUUCUUUCAACUCCGGAGUGGAGGUUUCCGAGGGAGAAUGAAAGACCAUGAUGCGAUUUGAUCAAGAAGGAGCGGACCAUAUGUCUAACAUCGAGAAAUUGGAAGAGAGAGAUCUUGUGUCACAGUCACAUGAUAUCUAUCGAUUUUCUGUGUGAAUCUGGAAUUUUCGUC